AAGCGACUAUUGUAAUCGUAUCGUUGCUGACUUCAGUCAGAUACAAACCUUCGAUCCUAGCUGUGCAAGUGAAGACAAAUUGAAUCAAAAAACAUCAACAUGUCCGAACAGAAUUUUCAAGAAAAGCUUCAGCAGUUAAGAAAUGUGGUCAAAGAAGCGAAAGAAAUGGAGAAACGGGCUCGAGCUGAACUGGAACGAAAUCGGGCCGUUCUGAUUGAUAAGAAGACCAAAUACUUACGUUUAAAGUUGCAGAACGAUCAGCUCGAUAUCGAGCUCGAUCUAAAGUGCAGACUUAGAGCCAAGGAAAGUGCCCGGGGGGCCUAUCACUGGGACAAAAUCGAAAAGGAACUGGAUGAGAAGAUGAAUCGAAUGGGUGGUGCACUGCGUGAAUUGGAUGCUGAAAAGCAAGACGAAAGUGACAGCAUCAUGACAUUUUUUCGGUCCGUCAAAGAUAUCCCGAAGAAUUUCACUGACGAAGUUUUGAGCCAAAAGUUGGUCGAAAUUGAGCGGAAGAGGAAGGAGACGAUAAAGAGCAUUGAAGAACAUGAAAAAAAGAAGGAAGAAGUAAAGGCCGAAAUGGAAGCAGAAGCAGCGAUGAAACAAGAGCGAAACGACACGUUGGAUGCUUUUUCCAAAGAUGUGAAGACUGCCAUCGUCCAAGUUGAGGCCGAAUUACGACGUCGCAAAGCAAAGAAAUAAGAGUCGUAAACCGCGCGACACAUCCAUUCAUAUCAGCUCCGAGAAGGAUUAAUUAAUUUUUUUGUUUUUAUUUUUUGAAGUUUUUUUUUUGUUAAAAAUUUUAUUUUCCGACAAGUUUGAAUGGUUCCACGUUCAACGGACAUUAUGUUACCAGAAAUAAACUUUUUUUUGUUAAAAUUUCCUAAA